UACACCGCUGUAGUCCAGCCCUUCCCUCGCCUUUCUCCGGUCCGCAUUUACACCGCUACACCGCAGCUGGGACAAGCACCUAGGCUACUGUACAGGAGGAACCCGCAGCAUGGCUUUGGGUGGUUUUGUUGUCACCGGACUUUGCAUCCUCGUCCUCGCCAGUCAAUCAUGGGCAGAGCUGGAGGUGAGCACGGAGGACCGUGUGGAGGUGUCCUUGGGGGAGAGAGCUGAGAUGGCCUGCCUGUAUAAGACAGACCAGGACCCCACGUCCAUAGUCAUCCAGUGGUUUGCAAGAGCACUGGGGAGCAACAGCUUCCUGCAGCGUGUUUACUACCUGGACAACACUACCGGCCCGUUGAUGGACCACGACUCGUCUGUGGCGGAUCGGGUCACAUUGGACCACAGCUCGCCGGGCUCUGUGGUUCUGAUCUUGGAUCCGGUGGAGCUGCAGGAUGAGAUGCUGUUCGUGUGCAGAGUCAAUGCCCUGUCGGACGGCACCAAGGAGGGCAGCACACUGCUCAGAGUUUUCAAUUCCCCAGAAGUGCCCAAAAUUGCAGCUGUCGAUAAUGGAAUACACAUCAAUGAGGCGGGAACAUCCAAGAUUGCAACAUGUGAGGUGAGGAAUGGCUACCCGAUGCCCAACAUUACCUGGUACAGAGGCCUGGCGCCCCUGCACAUCUCUGAAGGAGAGGUGGGAGUGACGAACCUGGUGACGCGGGGCACCAACCUCCUGUUCACGGUGAUGAGCGAGCUGCAUCUGAAGGUGCGGAAGGAGGACAAGGACGCGGAGUUCUACUGCGAGUCCACCUACUACGUCCCCGAGGGAACCAAGAUGACCGAGUCCAGGCGCAUACGCAUCACUGUACACUACCCAGCUACGCAUGUGGAGCUGAGUAAAGUGUCUCCUCCGGGACUGGUGAAGGAGGGCGACACAGUGGAGAUCAGAUGCCAAGCCGACGGCAAUCCCACACCUCCACUCACCCUCAGACACAAUGGGGAGGACGUGGAAGAGGAGAAGCUGACGGAGGACCAGAUGGGGUUGCUACUGAGGGGUGUGACGCGGAGUGACGGCGGCAACUAUAGCUGCACCUCUCUGGACCUGGAGGCCCUUGACCCGGAUGACAUGGAGAAGAGCAUGGACAUGGAGCUGAAAGUGCACUUUCUGGAUGAAGCUGUGGUGUACCCCAAGGGACCUCUGGUGCUAUCGCAGGGGGACAAUCUGGAGGCCACCUGUAACGCGCUCUCCUCUUUACCCACCAACACCGUCUGGUUUAAGGAUGGCCAGUAUGUUACUGACAGCCACGUGUUGAGGUUGAAGAAUGUGUCUCUGGACAGCGCUGGAGAGUACCAGUGUGCUGUAAAGGCGACUGGUCUGGAUGGCCUGGAUACGGAGGCACUGCUAAAUGUGCACGUUGAGGGUGUGCCGCAGAUCAAGCUGUUCAAGUAUCAGGAUAUGGACAAUUCGGUGAACCUCACCUGUGUGGCGUUGGGCUACCCCAUCCCCUCUGUCAAAUGGGACUCGCCUGACCAGGACCUGGGUGGACAGCAGAAUACUGCAGAAAUGGGGACCGGUGUGAUUAGCACGCUAACAGUGAAGGCCACGUCAGUGAUGUCAGUGGAGUGUAUAGCGGAGAACAGCCUCGGCCAAGUCAGCCAAGUGGUGCGGGUCGAGCCCAUAAUGCCUGAAACGACCUCUGCUGCCACCACGACUCCCCCUGAGACAGAGUCGGUGUCCACAGCUCGUCCAGCCAGAGGCUUCACCGCCUCCCCGUCCCCGUCCCUGCCCCCGUCCCCAUCCCCCACCACAGGGCACGGCCACAGAGCUGUGCCCAUUAGUCCCGACAGUAUUCCCAGUACAGUGGCGCCUGAAAGUGAAACUAACAUAACAGCUGGUUCUAAGUCUGCUGGAUCGGGAACUGUUAAACCUCCGCCUAGAACCCAGAAAGAGGGCAGUGGUGUCAUCAUCGCCGUGCUCAUCAUCUGCGUGCUCCUUCUGGCCAUCCUGGGAAGUGUCCUCUACUUCCUGUACAAGAAGGGCAAGAUCCCCUGCGGCCGCUCAGGAAAACAAGACCUAACAAAGGAGAAAUCGAAUAAAGAUGCCAUCAUAAUGGAGAUGAAGACAGACAAGUCGGACGAGGCUGUGCUCCUACAGGGUGUCAACGGGGACAAAAAAGCCCCCUAGUGACCAGAGUGAAGUUCACAGACAAGCAGUCGUGCCUGUGUUGAGUAGAGAGAGGGGGCGGCGACCGCAGCAGUCUUAUCCAAUCCCCUGCCCACAUGCCACUCAGGGUCCAACCCACACAAAAUGGCCUCCCAUGCCUCUUUUCCACUGCCGUUUUUGUGGUAGGCCUACAGCUUGACACAGUGCGACUCGGCUGCCACUUUUUGCUUUUCCAAUAGGCAUGA